AUGGAGAGCGUUCUGGCGAUGCAGCAGGUGACGUGCGGGUUGCUCGCAAAUGCCUUAUCGAAUUUUAAGAAGAUCGGGCGUAACAACUUAACGCCCGCCAAGGUACGUUCGCGCAUCUCCAGCUUAAAAGGGAACUGGGAGACGUGCCGGCAGCAGCAUUCGCAGCUCCUAGUGCUGACCCCCUUGGAGCAACGGAGGACGCAGGACUACUUCACGGCCCGGGUGUUCGAGAAACACGAGGAGAUUUGUCAGGAAACGCUGGAUUACAUGCACGAAGCGUUGGAGGAGGUGGAGCCUACCAUCAAAGUCGAUAAGUCUCCGAGCGCGUCCUCGGUUGUGGCCCCUGAAACAAGUCUAUUUUCGCGAACACAACUGCCGCCGAUUAAGCUCCCUCCCUUUGCUGGAAAGGCCGAGGAGUGGGAGUCAUUUCGCGACCGAUUCACCGCGCUCAUCAUUAACAACCGCGAUUUAUCAAAUUUCAGUCGUAUUCAUUUUCUUGUAUCUAGUUUAACGGACGAGGCGCGCGAAGCGAUUUCAGGCAUAAACAUCACCGCGGACAACUUUGAGGUUGCAUGGAAAGCGCUGCAUGAGCGUUAUGAAAAUAAGCGAAGGUUAAUUGAGACUCACGUUUCUUCCUUGUGUAAUUUAAAGGGCAUGUCUCGAGAAUCAGCACGCGAGCUUCAUGCCAUUCGCGAUCAAGUUGAGCGGGCGAUAAGUGCGCUCCGUUUGCUAAAGCGCACCCCCGAGGAGAUGAUGAGUGACAUGGUCGUAUUUUUAGUUACCCAGCGCUUAGACCUCACCACGCGUCGGGCGUGGAAAUUGAAAAUUGUUGACACGGAUUCGCCGCCGUCCUACGAGGACUUGCUUCGCUUUCUGUCGUCGCGCGCGCAUGCUCUCGAUGAGAUUGCUCCUUACGAGCCGCCGAAAUCGCGCGCUCAGAGCGUAACGAAUGCUACCACGGUCGCGGCUGCCACGUCUUCAUGCCCUGUAUGUAAACAGUUACAUUUUUUAAAUCGCUGUCCACGGUUCGGUGCGAAAAGCCCCUGUCAGCGGCGUGAACUGGUGGUGAAUUUAAAGCGGUGUGUCAAUUGCCUCGGAUCAAGUCACUCUGAAGAACAAUGUCGAAGUAAAUUUACUUGCCGCGUGUGUAAUGCAAGGCAUCACACGCUUUUGCAUGCUGACACUCCGCUUUCGCAGCAAACCGUCGCCUCAUCUCCGCCUGCAGCGCUUGAGGCUUCGUCGCCGACCUCAACCACUAACUCCCCGUCGGAAUCCCACUAUGCGUUCGUAUCACUGACUACUGCGCCGAAGCCCGUGAUACUUUCUACCGCGACGGUUACAGUGCGUUCCUCAAGUGAGCGCGCUGUAACAGUCAGAGCUUUACUUGACAGCGGGUCAGAGGUCACACUUAUGACGGAACGAACCGCUCAAAACUUGCGUGUCCGUCGGAUACGCACUCGCGUAAUCAUGUCAGGAAUAAACUGCAUACAAACCAAUGCCUGCCGUGCGGCAGCUGAAAUAAGCAUCUCGCCCAGAGACAGUUUAACGCCCUCCUUCAAUACGACCGCAUAUAUCCUUCCCUCUCUCACUAAUUACACCCCUCGUCUCACGUCCGAGGUCACUCAGUGGCAUCACUUGUCAGAGCUCAAAAUGGCGGACCUCAACCCCUUAAGCAGCGAACCCAUUGACUUAAUUAUCGGAUCCGAUUUAUACAGCAGAUUGUUAGUCGGUGCACGAUGCGGAGCAUCAAAUCAACCAAGCGCGAUAAACACGCACUUAGGAUGGAUCCUGUCGGGUCCGACGGCCAAGGUGGACAUUAGUUCGACCCAUUCUGUAAGUCCGCAGGGUGAAACUUCAGCCUUGCCUCAUAUCAGUGUUGGUGUUUGUUCUCUCGAUCGCGACCUUCAAAAAUUUUGGGAGAUUGAGGAGAUCCCUUCACAGGCACUACUCUCGCCGGACGACGAUCGCUGUGAAAGGCAUUUCGCGGAAACUCAUUCGCGCGACCCUGAUGGCAAAUACGUCGUCCGCCUGCCCUUCCGAUCCGAUCCUCCACUCGAUAUAGGCGACUCGCGCGGCGUGGCUGAACGGCGGCUGCGCUCACUGGUGCGCAGACUUGAUGCUCAGCCAGACUUAAGGCAACAGUAUCAGGAGUUUCUCUCAGAAUACGAAAGUCUGCGCCAUAUGUCACUGGUGGCCGCGCCACAGUCGCACUCACAUCAGACAGUUUUUAUUCCGCAUCAUCCGGUACUCCGCUCGGAGAGCAAGACCACCAAAUUAAGAGUCGUUUUCGACGCGUCUAGCGUCACCGCUAACGGGUCGUCAUUGAACGACCAUCUCUUGACUGGUCCGAAAUUACAAGCGGACUUGUCAUCGGUUUUGCUCAGAUGGCGCCAGUUUAAAUUCGUUUACGCAGCGGACAUCACCAAGAUGUACCGUCAGAUUGUGGUUAAUCCUCGCGAUCGAUGCUAUCAGCACAUUCUUUGGGUUGAUCACAACAAUGCUAUUCAAGAAUACGAAUUAAACACUGUGAUGUAUGGCACAGCUAGUGCUCCCUUUCUCGCUCUUCGCACUCUUGUCCAACUGCGACAGGAUGAAGGAGUAACGUAUCCGCGCGCGUCUUCCAUAUUGACCGACAACACAUAUGUCGAUGAUGUGUUGUUCGGCGCUGAUGAUCAACCGACUCUCAUCCAGGCACGCACGGAGUUGUGUUCGCUACUCAAAAAGGGGGGUUUUGAGUUGCGCAAGUGGUCGAGCAAUCGACCUGAGCUUUUAGCUGAUAUUGAUCCGUCCAAUAGCGGGCUCGCUCAGGAGGUGCCUUUCCGUCUUGAUGAUAAUCUUAAGGUGUUGGGGGUUACUUGGAGUCCAGCCCGUGAUUGGUUCCGAUUCAACGUAGAGGUAUCUACGCCAGUUCCUGUCUCAAAGCGACAGGUGUUAUCAGUCAUCGCUCGUUUCUUCGACCCCUUAGGGUGGGUCACGCCAGCCAUAAUUGCUGCGAAAAUCCUCAUGCAAGAGCUAUGGAAGCUCGGGCUCGAGUGGGAUUCUCCCAUUCCGGCGUCGGUGCUAGAGCGCUGGAGAAAGAUUUACUUAGAGCUCCCGGUCCUGCGCACUGUUCAAAUCCCUCGCUGGACGGGAUGGAGCUCCGACACUUGUCAAAUGUCCAUUCACGGAUUCGCUGAUGCAUCCACUGUCGCUUAUGCCGCUGUUGUGUAUGCGCGUGUGGAGUCAUCCUCCAGCCCAGUCACCGUGACCUUGUUGGCCGGUAAAUCCAAGGUCGCACCCCUCAAAAAUUUAACCGUUCCGCGACUCGAACUGUCUGCUGCACUCCUGCUCACUAGGUUAAUCGAAUUUGUAGUCUCUGCGCUCAGGGUUGAGUCGGCACCUAUUCAUUGUUGGACGGAUUCCACGGUCGCUCUCGCGUGGCUCAGCAAGCAUCCAUCGGUUUGGAAGACGUUCGUGGCAAAUCGCGUCUCCAGCAUUCAAACCCGGAUGCCUUCUGCCACGUGGCAUUACGUCAACACCCACGAGAAUCCGGCUGACUGUGCCUCGCGUGGGUUGCUUGGAUCCGAUCUGGUGAGCCAUCCGUUGUGGUGGUCGGGUCCUCCAUGGUUGAUCUUGAGCUCUGCGGAGUGGCCAGGGCCGCCCGCCGGCGUCGUUGGAGUGGAGGCUCAUGGCGAGGAGCGGCGGGCCGCGGUCCUUGGCGCUACAUGUGAUGCCUGCACCCCGCAAUGGGACUUGGCUGGCCGAUUUUCUUGGUGGCCCAAAUUGAUUCGAGUCACUGCUUACGUGCAGCGGUUUGUGGAGAGUUGUCGAGGUGUACGAAGCGUUUCCAGCCAAAUGAAGACCGCUCCUUACGCGGUCACCGCGUCCGAGUAUCAUAAAGCCAGACAAUUCUGGCUCAAAAUUACCGUGUAUUUGUUUUGCCGCGUGCCCGGUUUCUUCCCCGAUCUCCCCUCGCUGCCUGGCGGACCGAGUAGCCUGGGAGCGGGGGCGACGGGAACGGGGGCACGCGGAGUCGAUCGCUCAGGGAUCCGCGUUUUCGGAGUUAGUUACGGCUACGAUAGUCUGACGAUAACCACGAGUCUGUAA